CACGGCCACCUCACGUCACCUCUUCAAGGUCACAUCGAUCAAAUCCAUCAAUCCUUCAGAAUAAAAAAAAGGGCGGAAGAGGUGAAUCCAUCGGCUCCAGCGUCUCCGUGAUCUCCCUGCUCCGCUGGAUUUCGUUUUCUCUGCCCCUAAACUCGUGCGCAUCGAGGGUCGCGACGAGACGACAAGCCGCGAGGUGGGGCGAUCGCGAUCGAGCAGCCAUGUCGACGUCGCGGAGGCGAACACUCCUCAAGGUCAUCGUCCUCGGCGACAGCGGGGUCGGGAAGACGUCGCUGAUGAACCAAUAUGUCCACAAGAAGUUCAGUCAGCAAUAUAAAGCUACAAUUGGUGCAGAUUUCGUCACAAAGGAGGUUCUCAUUGAAGACAGGCUAGUAACUUUGCAGAUCUGGGAUACCGCGGGACAGGAGAGAUUCCAGAGUCUUGGUGUUGCGUUCUACAGAGGGGCAGAUUGUUGUGUGCUCGUCUAUGAUGUCAAUGUGAACAGGUCAUUUGAUACGCUCAACACAUGGCAUGACGAGUUCCUCAACCAGGCUAGCCCAUCAGAUCCUAAAACUUUUCCCUUCAUCUUACUGGGGAACAAGAUCGAUGUAGAUGGUGGAAAGAGCAGAGUGGUUUCUGAGAAGAAAGCAAUGGAGUGGUGUGCUUCCAAAGGCAAUAUUCCUUAUUAUGAAACUUCAGCAAAAGAGGACUACAAUGUUGACAACGCAUUCCUGUCUGUUGCCAAGCUUGCUUUAGAGCAUGAGCGUGACCAGGACAUCUACUUCCAGACAGUUGCAGAUCCUGUCCCCGAGACUGAACCUAGAAGUGGAUGCGCAUGCUAGCAGUUAGUCAUCCUUGGUCCCUUCCAGAUUUUGUUUAUUGAUUGCGGCAUUCUUUUCAAGUGAUGCUGGCAGGCAUUCUUUUUAAUUUCUCGCAAUGUACACUAAGGUUCCAGUCAUCAAACUCGCAUUUGUAGCCACUGUACGAUAGUUAGCAACCAAGGUUUUGGAAAUGGAAUAUUGAUGGGAUGGCCAGACCUAUUUCUUCGUCUGAGCAAUAAGAAUGCACAGAGGUAGACAAUUUAUGA